AGUUUGUGAACCCAUGUCUGAUCCCAGUCUCACACACCGAGUUAAAGAAGAACGUUCCUGGAAAGAGAAAGAAGAGGCAAAAGAGAGACAUUAAAAGGGAAAAAAAAACUGAGAGAGAGAGAGAGAGAGAGAGAGAGAGAGAGAGUAGAGGCUCAAGGAUUAAACAAAGGAAAAGAAAUCAAUCAAAGUCACUGUUAUUCGUUUCUGGGUUUUAUGGUUUUAGCUUUGAUUGAAUUCUGAGUCAACUCGACCGAUUUCAUUUCUUCUUUCUCUUGCCUCCGCCUUAAAACCUUCCAAUUCGUCUCGACGCAGUUUCGUAGACACACGCCCUUGUCGUUUUUGUUACCAAUUUUUAUUUGAAGGUUUCGGUUUUUAUUUGUACGGCUUUGAUUCAUUCAAUACUCUGGUGGGUUUCUUUCAGAUCUCGCAGUCUGGAUACUUCUGAUUAUCCAGUAGUGUAGAAAUGGCUUAUUGAAAGGAGCAUUGAGACUGAAAUCUUUUUCCUGGGUCUGUGAUUUUGUCGGUUAUGAUUUCUUCUUUUUGAGUUGUGGCUGGAGUUUCUAUUUGAGGCUACUAUUUAAUGAUUGAUACUGAAUCAUACUAUUUGCUGCUAAAUAAAUCACAUUUGGCUUUGGUGUUUGGCGCUUUCCUGGGAGGGAAGAAGCUCUCUUCCUUCUUCGCCGCCUGUCUCACCGGCCACAUAGACUAGAGGACUCCUGUUCCAUUUCAUGUCUCGUAAGUUGGACAGCCCAGUUCAGACUCAGAUGGCAGUGGCAGUCUUUAAGAGUCCGCUCAGCGGGGAAUAUCACGGGAGCAGGAAAAUGGAUGGGAAACAACCUGCUGGGAGGAGACGGGUUUUUGUGCAAACUGAGACUGGAUGCGUCUUGGGGAUGGAAUUGGACCGCGGGGACAAUGCCCAUACAGUGAAAAGAAGGUUGCAGCUUGCUCUUAAUGUCCCAACUGAGCAAAGCUCCUUGACUUUUGGGGAUAUGGUACUGAAUAAUGACCUUAGUGCUGUUCGUAAUGAUUCGCCUCUUCUUUUAACAAGGAACUAUCUGCAUAGAAGUUCAUCUACUCCAUGUCUUUCACCAACUGGCAAGGAUAUUCAGCAAAGGGAUCAAAGUGCGCUUAUUGAGAUAUUGGGACAGUCAAAUAGCUUCGCUAAAAUGAAACAUUUGGUCAAGGAUAGUGUGAAGGCUAUCAAGACAGGGGUUGAUCCCAUUCCUGUUCAUAGUGGGCUUGGAGGUGCAUACUAUUUUAGGAACAGCAGAGGUGAGAGUGUUGCCAUUGUGAAGCCAACAGAUGAAGAACCUUUUGCACCAAACAACCCAAAAGGCUUUGUUGGCAAAGCUCUUGGGCAACCAGGUUUGAAACGGUCUGUGCGAGUUGGGGAGACAGGGUUCAGAGAAGUUGCUGCUUAUCUUCUUGACUGUGAUCAUUUUGCAAAUGUGCCCCCUACAGCCUUGGUGAAGAUCACUCACUCGAUCUUCAAUAUCAAUGAUGGGGUAAAUGGCAACAAACCUAACAAGAAGAAGCAGGUUAGCAAGAUUGCAUCUUUCCAACAGUUCAUACCACAUGAUUUUGAUGCGAGUGAUCAUGGGACAUCCAGUUUUCCAGUUUCUGCUGUGCAUCGUAUUGGGAUAUUAGAUAUUAGGAUCUUUAACACAGACAGACAUGCUGGAAACCUUCUAGUGAGGAAGCUUGAUCGUGUUGGGAGAUUUGGGCAAGUAGAGCUGAUUCCAAUUGAUCAUGGUCUUUGCUUGCCGGAAACAUUGGAGGAUCCAUAUUUUGAGUGGAUUCAUUGGCCUCAGGCUUCGAUACCAUUCUCGGAUGAUGAGCUGGAGUAUAUAGAAAAACUGGAUCCUGUUAGAGAUUGUGAUAUGCUGCGGAGGGAGCUGCCUAUGAUUCGAGAGGCUUGUUUACGGGUGCUUGUUCUCUGUACAAUUUUCCUCAAGGAAGCUGCUGCUGCUAGUCUCUGUCUUGCUGAAAUUGGUGAGAUGAUGAGCAGGGAAUUCCGUGCUGGUGAGGAGGAGCCCAGUGAACUUGAGGUUGUAUGUAUGGAUGCAAAGAGGUUGAUUGCAGAGAGGGAGGUGUUGUCUCCACGGACUGAUUUGGGAGAUGAUGAAUUUCAGUUUGACAUAGACUGUGGUGAAAUAGAUUUUGAUUUCACCCCGAAGAUGACAACGGAAGAUUAUAUGAUUAAAACACCUUUCCAAUUUGGGUCUGGGGUGGGAAAUGGCCGAUCCCCUCUUUCAAAACUGGAGGAAAGCAUAGAGGAGGAAGAUGAAGACGAAGAAGAAGACAGAGAUGAGGAAGAUGGGAAAGGGGGAUUUUCUGUUUUGCCCAUGCCUGAAAGGUUGCCAACUAUGUCGAAGCUUUCAAUGUCUCUGAAGAGUACCAGUUUAGGCGAGAAGAAACAGAAAUGCCAAAAGUUCUCAGGAUCAAAGCCUGAAAAUGGAUACUAUGCCAAUACAUCAUCUGGGCACAGGAGUGCUAAUGAGCAGCUUCCUGCAAGCGUGAGCUUUGUGGAGCUAGCUGACAUGAGUGAUGAUGAAUGGACUCUGUUCUUAGAGAAGUUCCAGGAACUGCUGUAUCCAGCAUUCAAUAAACGAAAAUCUGUGACUCUAGGCCAGAGGCAGAGACAGAGGCUUGGUACCUCUUGCCAGUUUUGAUGGGGAUAGCAGUAUCAGGAUGCAGAAUAAGACUUUAGGUUUGUGGGCGUGAUGAAUAUCUAGGAUAGGUUCAGUUCAUGGGUUUUUCUCCCUAGAGGGUGUUGUAGUCGGUUUAGGAGGAACUGCUGUAAAUAUUCAUGGAAUUUAGCAGCUUAAGUGAGCACUAAGGAGCUGAGUUAGAAUUGGUUGUAUUUCUUUUUUUAUUUUUUCCGUUCUUGCUUUCAUUUUUUUUCUUUACCCUUUCCUUAUGGACCUGUUUGAUAAAUAACUUGUAGAAUGAAAUCCUCGAAAAAGGAAGAAAAGAAUGUUCUGUAAA